UGGAGAGAGAGCCAUCUUGUGCUGUGCCCGUUUGUGGAUUUGAAAUUGGAGAUAGGGGUUGCACGCUGGUUUUCUACAACCACGGUGUCUGCUGUUCCGACAUCCAUUACUCCUCUCGACUGGUAGUACUUUCUCUUCCCAAGGCCAGAAUGUCAACUCCGGCCAUAUCUGACUAUCUGACGAAGCAACUAUCCAUUGAGAGGAACGUCGUAACCUACCGUUCGCUGAGCAGACAGUUCUCAAUACACGUGAAUACCGCGAAGAAGGAACUAGCCGCAUAUCAUCAUGAGGCGCCAUACAAGUCUCUGCGUUCUGCUGCCACAUUCAUUCUAAGUGGGACGCCAAGGAGGAGUUCAAGCUACAAGUAUGAAGAUGACGAUUAUGAUAUGGACGCGGCGAACAACAUAGAAGAGGAGUAUGAUGAUAGUGAAGACGUGCCGCAAACGCACAUUACAAUCGUGAAUGAGAGAGAUCUUGAAGGUGCCAAAGCUGCAUACGACGAAAUUCACUCAAUACAUGUGUACAGCCUAUCGCCGGCACCCCUCCAUGAUGCAGGCUUUAUUUGCACUCCUACGGAAUUCAUACGGAAGACGGAUGUAGAUAAAGGUCCGGAAUACUCUGCUGUCGUGGGCCGUAUUGUAGGCAAGGGAAUCAAAGUAGGUGCCUCAAAGAGAGGACGAGGCAGAAUGGCUUCCGGAGGCCCGGUGGCUGGUCCUUCCAAACUCAAGAAACCUCUUCUUCCUGCGAAACCACCAUCCAAGUCGGAGUCAACCGCUCCUGCCCCUGCCCCGGCGGAGAGGCCCAAAGAGAAACCCAAACCCAGUGGGAAGCUCGAUUUCCUUAAGAAAGCUAAAGAACCAGUGGUCGAAGUCAAGAAAGAAGAGUCGACGGCUGAUACGAAGAGGAAAAUGUUCUUCUCCAAACCAGUCGCGAAAGAGCCAGCUAAGGAGCCCGCUGUGAAGGCACCUUCGCGAGCCCCUAGCGUUGCAAGUGUGAAGGCAGAGAAAGAAGAGCCUUCGAUACCUCCAAAAGAGCAUGCGCCAGCUCCGGGAGGCAUCAAACGAAAAUCUUCCGUCGGACUCGAGUUACGAGAAAGGACACCAGAGAAUCCUGCCAUUACGAAGACAGACGGUGGUGCACGCGUCAAGGGACGCGUCGUGCUUUCUGACGAUGACGACUCGGAUGCACCUGUGAAACCACCACGUAGGAAAGGCAAGGCCACCUAUAGGAGUGCAAGCAUGGACCACUCAGAAGCUGAGCGUGCAGCUAUCGCGUUGAUGGAAAUCGAUGAUGGCCUUGUCGAGCGUGCCUCACAUGCGCCAUCAACCGUUAUAAGCAGCGAAGACGCGGAUGACACAGAAGAAAGCAUGCAACAAGAUGAGGAUGUUGCCAUGGCUGAACCCGAUGAACCAGUUGUGAAACCAAAGACGAAGAGAAAACCCAAGGCGGUGAUUCCAGUUGGGAAGAACGGCCUGAAGAAGAGAAAGGUGACAAAAACCAGAAAGGCACUGGACGGCAACGGUUAUAUGGGCACGGAAGACUAUUCAGAUUGGGAGUCUGUGGAUGAUGAUGCUGAGCCCGAACCGCCUGUUCCAAAACCCAAAACAAAGAAAUCGAUCGCUGUCAAAAAGGAAGAUGAGAACACCGACAUCCCACCCGCGAAAGAAAAGUCCAAAGAGAAGGGGCCUAUACCGGUGAAGAAAACCGCAGCCAAACCUGCUCCAGCUACGAAAUCAAAACCAGCUGCGAAGGCAGCAGGCGGCAAGCAGCAGAAGCUCAAUUUCUUUGGGCCGACGAAGAAGACUUGAA